AUGACCAUUCAACGAAACAAUAAUGACAAGUUUAAUUCAGAUAAUGACACGUUUGAUUCCGAAAUUGACAAGUUUGAUUCAGACAAUGAGAAGUUUAAUUUAGAUAAAGAAAACUUUGGUUCAGAUAAUGAGAAGUUUGAUUUAGAUAAAGAAAACUUUGGUUCAGAUAAUGAGAAGUUUGAUUUAGAUAAAGAAAACUUUGGUUCAGAUAAUGAGAAGUUUGAUUUAGAUAAAGAAAACUUUGGUUCAGAUAAUGAGAAGUUUGAUUUAGAUAAAGAAAACUUUGGUUCAGAUAAUGAGAAGUUUGAUUUAGAUAAAGAAAACUUUGGUUCAGAUAAUGAGAAGUUUGAUUUAGAUAAAGAAAACUUUGGUUCAGAUAAUGAGAAGUUUGAUUUAGAUAAAGAAAACUUUGGUUCAGAUAAUGAGAAGUUUGAUUUAGAUAAAGAAAACUUUGGUUCAGAUAAUGAGAAGUUUGAUUUAGAUAAAGAAAACUUUGGUUCAGAUAAUGAGAAGUUUGAUUUAGAUAAAGAAAACUUUGGUUCAGAUAAUGAGAAGUUUGAUUUAGAUAAAGAAAACUUUGGUUCAGAUAAUGAGAAGUUUGAUUUAGAUAAAGAAAACUUUGGUUCAGAUAAUGAGAAGUUUGAUUUAGAUAAAGAAAACUUUGGUUCAGAUAAUGAGAAGUUUGAUUUAGAUAAAGAAAACUUUGGUUCAGAUAAUGAGAAGUUUGAUUUAGAUAAAGAAAACUUUGGUUCAGAUAAUGAGAAGUUUGAUUUAGAUAAAGAAAACUUUGGUUCAGAUAAUGAGAAGUUUGAUUUAGAUAAAGAAAACUUUGGUUCAGAUAAUGAGAAGUUUGAUUUAGAUAAAGAAAACUUUGGUUCAGAUAAUGAGAAGUUUGAUUUAGAUAAAGAAAACUUUGGUUCAGAUAAUGAGAAGUUUGAUUUAGAUAAAGAAAACUUUGGUUCAGAUAAUGAGAAGUUUGAUUUAGAUAAAGAAAACUUUGGUUCAGAUAAUGAGAAGUUUGAUUUAGAUAAAGAAAACUUUGGUUCAGAUAAUGAGAAGUUUGAUUUAGAUAAAGAAAACUUUGGUUCAGAUAAUGAGAAGUUUGAUUUAGAUAAAGAAAACUUUGGUUCAGAUAAUGAGAAGUUUGAUUUAGAUAAAGAAAACUUUGGUUCAGAUAAUGAGAAGUUUGAUUUAGAUAAAGAAAACUUUGGUUCAGAUAAUGAGAAGUUUGAUUUAGAUAAAGAAAACUUUGGUUCAGACAAUGAGAAGUUUGAUUUAGAUAAAGAAAACUUUGGUUCAGAUAAUGAGAAGUUUAAUUCAGAUAUGUACACAUUCAUUUCAGAUAAUCACAAAAUUACUUCAGAUAAUGAGAAUUUUAAUUCAGAUGAUGACAAGUUUAAUUCAGAUAAAGAAAACUUUGGUUCAGAUAAUGAGAAGUUUGAUUUAGAUAAAGAAAACUUUGGUUCACAGAUAAUGAGAAGUUUAAUUUAG